AUUAAAAAACCAGGAGUGUUUGGACUAAUCCCAGACACAUGGUAAACCUAACAUACUCCUGAAAUACACCUAAUUGAUUUUUUAUUUAUAACCCUGUAUUCACCUGACCAAAAGUUGUGUUCUUCAUACCACCAAAGUUCACUGUUUCCCACUACUAACUUCACCCUAUCCAUCUCUAUUUUUAAAUUUUCUAAGAAUUCUACCGGUUUAAGCCAUGUGACUUUCCAUGGUUCUGGUGAUGGUAUCUUCCUGAGUAGUUUCCACCCAGAGACUAAAUGGGGAACUAUUUUAUGCUUAAGAAUGGGAGCAUAAUUGAACCAACAGAAACACUGUAUGCCCUCCAGAAAAAAAAUAUUGACUCUUAGUUUCCCCCUUCGUUUUCAGCUGUUCACAGUGGUAGCACAUCAAGGCCAUUUUGGCUAAUGUUACAAUGCCAGAUCAGUUUAGUCAUUCAUAUUCUUGAUGGAGCAACUAUUGAAAAGGCUGCUUGACCCUUUUCAGGACCUACAUUUGCUCAUGGUCUUUCCAAAGAUACCCCUCAAAUGUGGUUUCACCUAUGGAACAGAUAUCUGUAUUGUUGAGACGUUCAAGCCACUACACUUCAACAAUGUUUGUUGGGUGGAAGGGGGGAGGGGUGUGCCUGUAAGUCAUUUAAUUUACUGGUCAAGUGAUGAAAUAUUUUGAUAGCAGGUACCAAAAAGCUUAUGUACGGAGAGGUAGACAUUUAUUACAUUGUAUUUGGCAGUUAUUGUAUGUUGUCAUAUAAAUAUGAACUUAGUACAUAUUGGGGGUACUAUUGACAGUUACUGAAUUACAAAGGUAUUGAACAGAAACUACUACCAUUACAGUAUUACAUUUUGUUGUAUUUUUUUUCUCAUUAUACAGUACAGUACUAUUAGAAUUUGAAUGAAGUGGGAGAGUAGCACAGUAAAUCCCAAUCAUUUGCUAAUCUACUCAUGGGGGGACGGGGGAAGGCAUGUAUUUGAGAUAAGAUGUGUGUGUUUUUGUUUUGUGGACAUUGUAGUCAAUAGAAAAUAUUUGUAUAAUUGUAACUGCUUUUUCCAUGUUUACCCACGAAAGAUAUCGAUGUUGCCAUUGGAAGAGGAUUUUCCUCCAUUUUUCUGAAUGAUAAUUUAUUAGCUUGUAUUGGAGGCUUAAAAGUGUUAUUCCAUGCUGCAGUGCUUCAUCACUUUAAUAUUUCACUGCAUUUGCUGUUUCAAAUCUGUUGUGGAACCUGCCACUCCCAUCACUUAGCAUUAGAAAUUAGUAUUGCAUCUUUCAGCACAAGAAGUGUUGUAAGAUAAAUUCACAGUAGUGAUGUGUAAUGUGACACUAGAAUUUAUAUGAAAUGCUGAAACUUUCCUUUUGUUGGAAGUCAUCAAGCUUUCCUUUCCCCCCUCCCCCAUGUCCAGACUGAAUCUGUGCAGACAAUCCACAAAGCUCAUAUCUUGUGGAUGAGCUGUAGUGGCUUUAAGUAUGAGUGUAGCAUGAAUUUGGUUUGAUGAACCUUAUGUCAGCACUCAAGUGUGAAUUGCUGAAUACUAGUGUAGAUUUACUUGUUCACAUCCAUUUCUUUAAGAGAUGAAAUAUUGAUUCACCAGAUGCACACAUGAAUGGGCUCUUUUUCUUGCACACAUUUAGUUAGUGCUGACCAUUAACUGAGCCCCAUUAGCAAGUUUGUAAGUGCCAAGAGAGAUACCAAGCACUUGUAAAAUGUGUAUAAUCCCUUCUUUUUGUUCAUCUUUUGUAAGCCAGUCAUUGCUCGUGUCAGGCUCAAUUAUCUCAGAAGUCCACUUAUUACUUUCACUUCAAACCUAAGGUUGUCAUGUAGUUCCCUUCCCAUAUUAUGUACUUUCUAGACAGCUUAAUUUGUACUUAAUGCCCGUGGGUACUCAUGAUUGAAAAGAUAAUUUUAUUGCUAUAGUAGCUGUAUACAAACAUCUCUCAAUCUAGUAGUUUUUGGGCAGCUAGAAAGGGGUCCUGCACGAAGAUAGUAUGAUAUAUCUGUGAACCAAAAACUUAGUUGAAGGCACUGUAAUGGUUAAUACUGUCUGCCCUCCCUAUAUCAGUAUCAGGGGAUCUUGGAACACAUUUUAUAUUUAUGUUCUAUGUCUUAGGCAUUUAUCUUUCUUUUUUGUGUACACAAAUUGUCAUGGUUUGAUAUGUGUUUGCUCAGUACAGUGUUCUAAAGCUGCCACAAAAAUGUUCAUUGUAAAUGAAUGGGUAUACACACAUCUUUAUGUUGGAACGGUGUGUGCUCAAUUGUCAAGUGAAAUGUGGAGUACCAGAUCUGUUCUUCAUAAUCUGUUCAUUGUUUCCUGCAUCUUGCUUUAUAGUGGAGGGUGCUUUAGUUAGCUUUUGGACUGCAAAAAUAUUUCAUUAUAGAUAUCAUAUACAUCAUUCAGACAGAAAUUGCUGCUUAUUGUUCUUAAGUAUUUUUAGGAAUAGGUCAUAAGUUUCUCACUGGAAAUUGUAAAAAGUUUCUGAAAAACCAUGUUAUUUCUUUAAAUCAUUAGUUUUCUACUGGGCCAUUUUGUGUUUUGAAAGAUAUGACAUGUAGAAAAGCAGUGCCACCUCCCACAACUUUGAACAACAACAAAUGUAACUGAAAGCUGGGAAAAGAAUUGAGUAAGUUUCUCUGUGUCUCCAAAGAUAGUUAAUACUGAAUGCAAAUCUCAUGGAGAUUUCAGAAAGAUGCAAGUUGCAUACAGGUGCAAUACAUUGCUAGAAAUACUGAUGGAAAGGAGUUGGACUCAGAAAUGAAAAAGUCAUGGGUAACUCAGGGGUGACACAGGAAGCUUCUGUGACAAGACAUGCAGCUGUCACAAUAAAUGUAACCACUUCAUCUAGUAUAUAAUGAUACAUGAAAACAAGAAAGGAAGAGAAAAAAACUAAUAAAACUACAACACGAGAAAUAAUAUUUAAAAAAAUCUAGAAAUAUAAGGAAGACACAAAAGUACUACAGAAGCCAAGAAAUUCAGAAAUUCCAGUGCCCAAAACAAAACAAAAAGAAAUGACAAAUACUCUGAAGCAGUACAUAGUUGGAAUUCAUGGCUGGAAAGUGAGGAGAAAAGUUGAAAGGCAGGCUCAUAAUGAGUUAUUAAGUUUUGAAUCCAGUACACAGAUUUGUAGCUAAUAAUGGCUGACAGAUUGCCAAAUUUCGGCAACCUCAAAACAAAAGAGGGAUUGGAAGUGCUGAAUUGUCAUCUUUCAGAUAAAAGUUUUGUGGAAGGGUUUGUGAUAAGCCAGUCAGAUUUUAUCACAUUUUCUGCAGUAGAAAGUGAACCACCAGAAAACCUCCCUCAUGUUUGUCGCUGGUUCCGACACAUUGCCAGUUAUGGAAAACAUACUCAGAUUAAUUCAGAGAACAACCCUUCUAAUAACAUAAAUGAAUCUUCAGGGGCAGAACUAUCUCCCACAGUAUCUAAUAAUGUGAAGGCAGCUACUGUGAAGCCAAAAAAGGAGAAGAAACCUGCUGGAACCAAGACAGAUGUGGCAGAAUUAAAACCAUGGCCAUCAUAUAUUCAGGAGAGACUGGAUCUCUGGGACAAACUGAAAGCUGAAUAUGAUGCCGAGAUAGCUGCUAAACCAUCAGAGCCUAUUGUAAUCACUUUGCCUGAUGGAAAGACUGUAGAUGGCAUGUCAUGGCGUACUACCCCGUAUGAUGUAGCUAAAGGAAUAAGUCAGGGCCUGGCAGAUAACACAGUAAUUGCCAAAGUUGAUGGAGUUGUUUGGGACUUAGAUAGGCCACUGACCAAUAGCUGCAAGCUUCAGUUGCUGAAGUUUGAUGAUGAAGAAGCCCAGCAAGUAUUCUGGCAUUCAUCAGCACACAUUCUUGGUGAAGCAAUGGAGAGGAUAUAUGGAGGUUGUUUAUGCUAUGGGCCUCCCAUUGAGAAUGGAUUUUACUACGAUAUGUUUCUGGAGGACAGACAGGUGUCUAAUUUGGAUUUCCCAGUGGUGGAAGGUCUUGUUAAAACCAUUAUAAAGGAGAAGCAAAACUUUGAACGACUUGAGGUCAAGAAAGAAGAUUUACUAAAAAUGUUUGAGUACAAUCCAUUCAAAGUAAGAAUUCUAAAAGAGAAGGUCCAGACACCAACUACUACAGUAUAUCGCUGUGGGCCUCUCAUUGAUCUAUGUCGUGGACCACAUGUGAGGCAUACUGGCAAAGUGAAAGCUUUCAAGGUCACUAAGAACUCUGCAACAUAUUGGGAAGGUAACUGUGAGGCUGAGUCAUUGCAGCGAGUCUACGGAAUCUCUUUCCCUGAUUCAAAGCAACUUAAAGAAUGGGAGAAGCUCCAGGAGGAGGCUGCGAAGAGGGACCAUCGCAAAAUUGGAAGAGAACAAGAAUUGUUCUUUUUCCAUGAGUUAAGUGCAGGAUCUUGCUUUUUCUUACCAAAAGGAGCCCACAUAUAUAACACUCUUAUUGAAUUUAUAAAGCAAGAGUACAGAAAAAGAGGAUUCCACGAAGUCGUGACUCCAAAUAUUUACAAUUCCAAACUUUGGCAGACAUCUGGCCAUUGGGCCCACUAUGCAGAAAAUAUGUUUUCAUUUGAUGUCGAAAAAGAAAAAUAUGCCCUGAAGCCUAUGAAUUGUCCAGGACAUUGCUUAAUGUUCGACCAGCGCACUCGAUCCUGGCGGGAACUGCCACUUCGUCUAGCAGACUUCGGAGUGCUACAUCGGAACGAGUUAUCUGGUGCGCUCACAGGGCUUACCAGAGUGAGGCGCUUCCAGCAGGAUGAUGCUCACAUAUUUUGUACGGUGGAACAGAUUCAUAAUGAGAUGUUAGGAGCACUAGACUUCCUGAGAUCUGUAUAUUCAGUUUUUGGAUUUACUUUUCAAUUAAGACUGUCUACUCGACCAGAGAAGUUUCUCGGAGAAAUUAGUAUGUGGAAUGAAGCAGAGAAGCAAUUGGCAGAGAGUCUGAAUGCUUUUGGUGAACCUUGGAAGGAAAACCCAGGUGAUGGGGCCUUCUAUGGUCCUAAGAUAGACAUAACAAUAAUGGAUGCAUUACGGAGGUCACAUCAGUGUGCUACAAUUCAGUUAGAUUUCCAACUACCUAUUCGAUUCAACUUAUCAUAUGUCAGUGAGUCAGGUGACAAGAAGAGGCCAGUCAUAAUUCAUCGUGCAGUCCUCGGAUCUGUAGAGAGGAUGAUUGCCAUUCUUACAGAGUCUUAUGCUGGGAAGUGGCCGUUUUGGCUGUCACCAAGACAGUGUAUUGUUAUCCCUGUUGGUCCGUCAGUAGAUGAUUAUGCACACAAGGUGCAGAAAGAGAUUUAUAAUUCAGGCUUCCUGUGUGAUGUGGACGUAGAUCCAGGUGAUACAAUGAAUAAGAAAAUAAGAAAUGCGCAAUUGUCCCAGUAUAACUUCAUUAUGGUGGUUGGUGAAAAAGAGAAGACAUCAGGAACUGUGAAUGUUCGCACCAGAGACAAUAUUGUACAUGGUGAAUUUUCUGUACCAACAGUAAUUGAAAAAUUCUGCAAACUGAAACAGGACAGGACCCUAAAGAGUGAAGAAAAUUUCUGAGAAGAGUAAGGAACCUCUUCCAUCAGUAUUGCUAAAGACAUUUAUAAACAGGUGGUACUCAUCUUGUGAACUGACUGCCAGCCACUAAAUGAAGAUGUGACUGCCACCAGUAUUCAUUUUAUUGUAUUUAAACUAUGAUCUUCUAUCUCCGCCCAAAUGCCUAAUUUAUUUUGUUUUUGUAUUUAAACAGUAAGAAUAUACAAUAAAUUGGAUACUGAAGAGCUUUA